AGAGGCGCCGGAGCCCUGGCGACGGCAGAGUUGCGCGGUCUCCCUUUGACCCCGGCGCGUCACGUAAGGCGCCGGAUUCGAGCGGUGGUUGACCGCCGCCGGCGAACGAUGCUGAGCGGCGUAGAGGGUUUGAAUUCGACGGCUGGCAGCAGCUUUCCGAAUGAGCGGCGGGCGGCAGCGGACCCUAUUCCAGAGCUGGGGCACCAAACCGAGCGCAUCGCAGCCCCGCUCUGACAGGAGGCCGCCGGAGCGCAGACUGCGGCCGGGAGACGCGACCGCUCCCGCCGCGCAGGAUGGCUUCGAGGACGGUGAGGAUGACGAUGUGUUGCUGGUGGCGGUGUUCGAGGCGGAGCAGAGCCUGGGCAGCGGACAGGGCUCUGGGGCCCAGAGGGCCGGGUCCGAUGCCGCCCUUCCCGGCUUCGAUCUGUCUUCGGGGGACAUGUGGAUCUACCCGACUAACUGGCCACACCGCACUUACCAGUUCGACAUAGUCCGUGCGGCGCUCUUCCAAAACACGCUGGUGUGUCUGCCCACCGGCCUGGGCAAGACCUUCAUCGCUGCCGUGUUGAUGUACAACUUCUAUCGCUGGUAUCCCACGGGGAAAAUUGUAUUCAUGGCUCCGACCAAGCCUUUGGUCGCUCAGCAGAUCGAAGCUUGUUACAAAGUGAUGGGCAUUCCGCAGAAUCAUAUGGCGGAGAUGACAGGACAUACACAGGCAUUGAAUCGUCAGGGUAUUUGGAAAACCAGACGGGUUUUCUUCCUCACACCACAGGUUAUGAUGAAUGAUCUUUCUCGAGGAGCUUGUCCAGCUGCUAACGUAAAGUGUUUGGUGGUUGAUGAAGCACACAAGGCACUAGGAAAUCAUGCAUAUUGCCAGGUGGUUAAGGAGCUAUGCAACCAUACACUUCAGUUCCGUAUUCUGGCUUUGACUGCCACUCCAGGUGGGGAUGUAAAGGCUGUACAGCAAGUCAUUUCAAACCUUAUGAUUGCACAUCUGGAGGUGAGGUCUGAAGAUUCAGUGGAUGUCCAGCCCUACUCACACCAGCGACAUGUUGAGAAGUUUGUAAUUCCUUUGGGACCUGAGCUCACUGCUAUUCAGUCUUUAUACUUAGAGGUCUUGCAAACAUUCACAAGACGGCUGCACAAUACUGGAACACUUUUUCAUAAAGAAGUAGGAAAUUUGACGAAAUAUCAGCUUGUUCUUUCACGUGAACAAUUUAGAAAAAAUCCUCCAGCAAACAUUGCGGGAGUUCAACGAGGUAUGAUAGAAGGAGAUUAUGCUAUUUGUAUUAGUCUUUAUCAUGGAUAUGAACUUCUGUUACAAAUGGGAAUGUGGUCCUUGUAUACGUACCUUGAAGGCAUCAUGGAUGGGUCCAAAGGAAUGACACGUGCAUGCAAUGAACUUUGCAAGAAUGCUGUUUUUAUGGAGAUGUAUGAGCAGUUGAAAGCCAUGUUCUCAAGUAGAAGUAGUCCUGCCAGUUCUCAUAUGGGAUCGGAAAAUAAAAAGCAAUUCAUCUACAGUCACCCUAAGUUAAAAAAGCUCGAAGAAGUUGUAGUGAACCACUUCCGAUCUUGGGCAGCAUCUAGAGAUCCAAAUACUUCUGGUGGAAAAGAUGAUAGUGGAAAUACUCGUGUUAUGAUCUUCUCCUCGUAUCGGCACAGCGUUCAAGAGAUUGCUGAGAUGCUUAGCAAUCAUCGGCCUCUUGUGCAAGUCAUGACCUUUGUUGGGCAUGCUUCCGGAAAGAACACUAAAGGAUUUACACAAAAAGAGCAGCUUGAGGUAAUGAGGUGCUUUCGUGAAGGUGGAUAUAAUGUAUUGGUUUCUACAUGCGUUGGGGAAGAAGGACUGGACAUUGGGGAAGUUGACCUCAUUAUUUGCUUUGAUGCUCAAAAGAGCCCUAUUCGAAUGAUACAAAGAAUGGGCCGAACAGGCCGGAAGCGAGAGGGCAGAAUUGUGGUUCUUCUUGCUGAAGGACGAGAAGAACGGACCUACAACCAAAGUCAGUGUUCCAAGAGGAGCAUUUACAAAACCAUUAUAGGAAAUGGUAACAAGUCGUUUCGCCUUUACGCUAAUAGUCCACGAAUGGUUCCAAAUGGUCUAAAUCCUGCUGCAUACAAGAUGUACAUAACUACUGGAGAAUACGAAUCAAAUAAUAUAUCAAGAAUUACAACAAAGCAUGGAAGAAAGUCGGGUGUUGUACUUCCAGAAUCAUUCAUGUACAGCCGAUGUCCAGUGAAUAAGCAAACAAAGAUAAAGGAGGAUGGUUUAUUAACCUCUGAAGAAUUUGAAAUUUGGGACAGAAAAUUCCGAUUGAAAAAUGAUUUAAGAGAACCAAGAUUAAUAUUGUUUCCAUUUGAAUUUGUGAAAGAUGGAUCAAAAGAUAUGGAACAGGAAAGUGGUAAAAUUCGUGAGCUUUCUCUGACAGAGUGGAGUCUUUGGCAAAAUCAUCCACUUUCUACCCAUCUGGUUGACCAUUCUGAUCGCUGCCAGCACUUCAUAAGUAUUAUGGACAUGAUUGAUUUGAUGAGACAAGAAGAGAGUGACUGUGGCUAUUCAUUGGAAAUUAUGCCUUAUUUAAAUAGAAAUGAUAUUUUCGAAACAGCCAUCACACCACAAUCUAAAUUUACACCUACAUCCAUUGCAAGUAAUCAAGAAAAAUGUAAACUGGAUCAGUUAACGAAGCCUAUGCAAGAGAGGAAGAAAUGUAAAAAUAAUCGUGUAAACCAAAAUAUGCAUAUGUUAAUGGAUGAAGAUCAGGAAAGCUCUCUUGUUAACACAAGUAAAAUAAAAAGAUCUAGGGGUUUUUGUUCCUCCUCUAGUCUUGAAGUUGUAAAUUCCAAAGAAGCAAAGGAGUCUGCACUGUGUGUUGCAGGGAAUUGUAGAGGUGAAGACGUUCCCUCUGAAGAUGCUAUAACAAAACCUGAUGAACAGAUCUGCCUGUCAGAGGGAGAAACUGAAGUAGAGAUAAGUAACAAUGUGCAGAGUAUAUCUUGUUUUGAUUUGUUAGGAUCAAGGGAAAUACUGGAAGAUCACAUAAAAAUCAAUUUGAAAGAUGUUUCUUCUGAAAACAGAUCAACUAACACCAAACCUAAAACUGAUUACACAAGGAAGAAAGAAAGUGGAGGGUGCGAUGAAUUGAACAAUGUUGACUCUGGCCAUGAUAGUCAAUUAAAGAAAUCAGCAAUGUGUGAAAGAAAUCUAUCCAAAUUGUUUUAUCUCCCAGAGUCUGUCCAAUUUCAGAACCACAAUAUACAUCGAAGUUCUUCAAAUUCAAGCCGAGCAAGAAAUGGAUAUUAUUCACUCGAUGUUGAACAUUCCAGUUAUGAAUCAGAAUAUUCCAAUGACAAUUUAAUAAAGCAGGUUCCUGCUGGCAUUGAAAUAGUUCUGGAAAAUGUAACAAAUUUUCUUAAUACAUCUCCUCCUGUAGACGGGUUUCCCUUUUUAGAAGAAGGGAAUUAUUGGCAAUCAACUGCUUUAGAAACAGCAGCAGUUAAUGUUUUAAAUCCCCAGAAAGGUGGUUCACCAGCAGUCAAUAUUAAAUCACCAGCUUUAAUGACUUGCAAAGAGAGUGUGACCUUUGAACCCUUGACCAAUCAUGGUAAUGCAGGAUCCAGCCCCUCCUGGGAUGAUUUAUUUGAUAACAGUAUUGAAUAUUUGGAACAAGAUCAUAAAGCUCAGUCAAAUAUAAUUGAAGAAGAAAUAUUUAAUUCCUCACACCAGUGUCAUAACAAGAUUGAAGAAAAUAAAAGCAAAAACAUAACAUUGAAGGACUCUAUAAAGGAUGAGCUAUUUGUAUACGAAAACAGUUUGUCUUUGUUUGAAGAUAACCUGUCACGUACUGAUCUUUCAACUCUCUGCAUUCUGAACAAUAAAACCUGUGCAAUCACAGAGGAUAUCUCUGGACCCCAGCAGCAGUCCACUGUGUUGAAUGAGCCUGUCCAAAAUGUGCAGGCAUCCACCAACAAAACUUUGGAAAAUGAAGAACCUAAACGAGGUGUAACAGGAGAGUCAAUUCUGCAUGAAAAUAUAUGUGUUGAUCAGCAUAGACCUGAUACUAAUGAUAGUAGCAGUAAUAUGUACAACUGUUCAGAUGAAUUAUUUUCUGUUAACUUUGAUCUAGGCUUUUCAUUUGAAGAUAUUGCUAGAGGUGGCGAGGCUUCUAUGACUAAUACUAUGUACAGCAAAAGCACUGAAUGCUCAAAACAUUUUGCAGAAAAACCUUCAGAAAAUGUGGAGAUUCAAGAUGAAUGCAGCAAUGUGGCUGAUUCAGAAUUAUUUGUUGAAGCAGCAAAAAUAAAAAGGAAGUACUCUACACCAAUUUCUUUGAAACAUACAUCUUUACAACCUGGCAAAAUGGAUACUUGUAAUGAAAUACGACCUUCGACAACACAGGAUUUAUUUUCUCCAAUUUCCCAGCAUGAUCGCCAGGUUUUCUGUACCUCAUCUCCAGCCUUUGCAUCCAUUACACCAGAAAGAAGAUCUCCCAACUUCUGCAAUACUACUUUUAGCAAAGUGCUGUUUAAAAACAGUCCAGUGAUUUCUCAAAAUGCUGUAAUGAGGAAUGUUACAGAAAACAUUGAGGUUGUUAAAAAUGGUUUCUUUUCUGAAUUGGAAGAUUGUCCUGACAAUUCUGAGGCUGCCAUGAAAUACAAUGCAAGUGGAAAGCAUGGAGAGAAAUCACUUAAAAAUAACAAUCCGAAUAUUUUCUGCAAAAAUCUUUUAACAUCUAUCAAUGGUGAAUGCGACAGUGAGAGUGAUGAAGAUGUUAUCAGAAGACCUAAUAAAAGAAUAAAAUUCUCUUCUCUUGAGUCUCCUGAGGUGAUGGGUGCCAGUGACAUGGAUUCGCCUAUUUUGGCUGUACGAAAACAAAGAAAAGUGCCUAAUUUAGGCUUCACGGAUAGUGAAGAUGAUGAUUUUAGAGCAACUUCAAGCAAGAAUAAUAAAGAUACCAAGUUAUCCAGAAAUAUUCAUCAUCCCUGGAGCAAGCAUUCUGCUCGACACUUUCUUGAUGAAGAGGCUGAACUUUCCUCAGAAGGAGCAGAAGAUGUGUCUUCUGAUGAAGAUGAAUCCAAUAACAUUGCUGAUACUUCUUUGAAAAAUUUUAUCAAUGAUGAGUCCCAAUUUUCACAAGUUUCAAAAGACAUUGAUAUGCAAGAAAUUUACCUGAAAUCUGUACGCAGUCCAAGUGUCUAUAAGAAGAAAAUGGUCUAUACCAGAAAUGACAUGGCCAUAUUUUCACAGAUCCCUGAACAGGAUGAAACCUACUUGGAAGAUAGUUUUUGUGUUCGGGAAGAUGAUGAAAAUCAAACUGAAUUAAGUGAUGAUGAUAUUGUUAAUUUUGAUCUCAUUGGAGAAGACAAUCAGUAUUUAACUCGGCACAGAAUGAGAUCAAAAAAGGCAGAAAAUCAAAAUGGCAAAGAUGAGUUAUCCAAAAAAAAGAAAAGCAGACGCAUCAUUUUAUUGGAUGAUUCCAGUGAAGAGGAAUUAGAUACGAAUAUGAAACGUCAAUUGGCAGAAAGUGUUCCGAUACAAGACAGCAAGAGUAAACAGACUCCUGAAGAUAAAAAUGUUACCUUAUGUUCUUCUGGACAAAGAUUGGAUAGCUCUUUUAAAAAGUCCAUUUCAAAAAAUACUUUACGAGUAGCAGAAAGUGAUAAAAGGAAACCUUCAGCUCUUUGCUCCUUGGACAGAAGCUGCAUGUUCAGGUUGAAUCUCCAGUCUUGUGUGUCUGAAACCUUGGACUUCCAAGUGGAGCAAAAAUGUUCAAGAAGGUGCAAUUCAACUCUUACUCCAGAAAGUUCAAAGAUUAAAUGCAACACAACGCAAGACAAAACAGAAGUAAAAUCCCAAACCAAUGAGCUUCACUUUAUUGAUCCUGUUAUGGACAAAUCACUGGGGAAGAACGAUGCCUCCACAAUUUCAACAUCAGGUGAAGCUCUGUACAAAGAUCAUCUUACUGCUAUUACACACCCAGUGUCUUCUGGAACAGCUCCACUGCAAAUUCUUGUAGACAGUCGAGAAAUUUCCUCUGGGCCAAAUCUGGUUUCUUCUCUACGUAUUCAACAUGGCAUUAAAGCUGAAAUUUGUCCUCUCAAUGGAUGUGAUUAUAUAGUGAGCAACAGAAUGGUUGUGGAAAGAAUAUUCUUAUUGGAGUUUGCAAGCAGUGCAAACCGAAGUAAGUUUAUCAACCGUAUUCAGCACCUUCAGGCCAUGUUUGAACGUAUAUGUGUCAUUGUGGAAAAGGACAGAUCAAAACCAGGAGAUACAUCUAGAAUCUUUCAGAGAACCAAGUCCUAUGAUGGCUUGUUGUCAGCUCUGACCACAGCUGGAAUUAGAAUUUUAUUUAGCUCUGGUCAGGAGGAAACUGCUGGUUUGCUUGCUGAACUUGUCCACGUUGAAGAGAGAAAGAAUGCUGCCAUUACUGUACCAUUGGAGGUUAGCGGUCUCCGACAACAGAUUUUACAGUUCUACCUCAGCAUCCCUGAUGUCAGUUAUAUAACAGCUUUAAAUCUCUGUCACCUCUUCAGCUCUGUGAAAGAAGCUGCAAACAGUUCAGUGGUUGAAAUCGCAACUCAAGCAAAGGUCAGCCACCUGCGAGCUGAAAAGAUUUACCGUUACCUGCAUUAUCUGUUUGAUCCACAGAUGGUACCUGAUCAAACAGGCCAGACUAAUGAGAAACGAAGCUCAUCAUCAUAAUUUUUUUACAA